GUAUAUCUCUGCCUCACCAUUACUUCUCCACCAUCAUCUCUCAACUAAAGUUCUGAUAAACCACUGCCACCGGUGACCAACGGACGACAGAUAUCAUGGCACGUACUAUGGGUCGAGGUAGUGUUCCAGCUGGUGGUCGAGGUGUUGGGCAAGAUGUUGGUCAAGCUGGUGGACGAGGUAUUGAACGAGGUAGUAGUCAAGGUAGCCAUCUUGCUACUACUCAAGAGGUUUGGCGUUGUGGUGGUCGAGUUUAUAUGCGAGGUGGUGGUCAAGUGGGUGAUCGAGUAGUUGGGCGACGUAGUGGUAUAGGUAGCAGUCAAAGUAGUGGUCAAGCGGGUGAUCGAGGAGUUGGGCGAGGUGGUGGUAUAGGUAACAGUCAAAGUAGUGGUCAAGCGGGUGAUCGUGUAGUUGGGCGAGGUGGUGGUAUAGGUAACAAUCAAAGUAGUGGUCAAGCGGGUGAUCGAGGAGUUGGGCGAGGUGGUGGUAUAGGUAACAAUCAAAGUAGUGGUCAAGCGGGUGAUCGAGGAGUUGGGCAAGGUGGUGUUCAUUCCAGUGAUCGAGGUGUUGGUGAUGUUGAUGUUGAGUAUGAUUUUCACUUGAUGAAUUCUCCUAUUGAGAGUAGCGCUGGUGAUGAUGAGUCUGCUUUUCAUGUUGCUCCCGCGAGGCGGGGAAGCGCUUGCCAAGCCCAAGUACCUGAACCUAUCAAUCGCGAUUGGAUUUGGGUUGUAGAAGGAGAAUUUAGUAAUCAAGGGACUGCUACCCGGACUAUUUCAUCAAAUUUAAUAAGUUUGUGGUCCGGUCCAUGGGACAGCUGGAGAGAUGUUCCUAAUGAGCACAGGACACGAUUGUUUGAGCGAUUCCAGAUGUAUUAUCAGUGGGAGGAGAGAAACCAUGCACCAAUUUAUAGGUGCUGGGAGAACUGCAUUGCUGGUAAAUUCCCCACUUUGUUGCGUAACGUACGGAAGGAGGCUAAAGCUAUGGCGAAACAACAAGGUAAAAAUGUUGGAGACGAUAUGACCGAUCUUAUUGACUUUAAACCAACAUGGAUAAGAUCUGAGAUAUGGAAACAAAUGCUUGACCACUGGAACACACCUAAGUGGAAAGCAAAGUCUUUAAGAAACAAAGAGAUUAGAAGUAGGGCCACCGGCGGCAAACAUACGCUAGGAUCUCAAUCCUAUGUGACCAUGAAAAGAAAAGCGGAAAGGAAACUUGGGCGUGAAUUGACGAUUCGUGAAGCGUAUAAGCAAUCACACUGCAGGAAAGGAAGUCGACCAUUGGAUAAAGAUCUAAGUUGUAGCAACUCACUAAUUUUGGACGUUGAUUCGGAAGGGGACGCUCAAGAAGAAAAUCUUGUAUGGGUUGAUGCUAGGGCAGAGGAGACUUGGGUUAAAUAUGAAGGUUUUCUUGAGGAGAAGUAUGGGAAAGAACGUAAUAAACAUCCAAAAUUUGACAAAGACUUGUGGUCACGAGCUGAGGGCAAUCAUAAAGGAAAAGGGUACGGGUUAGGCAAUGAUAGUGACCCGUGUGUACAUCGCAGAGAAGACCCUGAGAUUGAAAAGUUGAACUUAGUUAUCAAGGAGCUCGUUAAGGAAAAAGACGAAGAAAAAGAAAGGUUCAACGGAAUUAUUGCGGGGUUGUUGGCUGACAAAGAAAAAGAUAAGGCGGAUAAAGAUGCGUUGCUUGAUAGGACGUCACAAAUUGAAGCUAUGUUAACAGCUACGGUUCGAAAAUAGGCUAUAAACACUUGGUUUUGAAUGUUUAGAACACUUGGUUUUGAGUAUUAGGAUAAUUUUAGUUAGUUUAUAUUUUAGUUGGUAUUUUUUAUAUGCUUUUGAAAACAAGAUGUUUUAUAUAAUUUUGGGAUUUUAUUAGACUUUUUUUAUAUUA